UUAUCCGAUUUGAUCGGUGACAACUGAGAGGUCCCGUUAGUUGUAAACGCAGAGUGGAUAGGUUGACGUUUGUUUGCUAUUUACAGUGUUAGAUUGUGCAUUAUUCUACUUUUAUUAUCAGGGUGACAUCUGUGUCGAGGGAUAGGCUACAGUAUGUUUAUUUUAUUUGGAUGAACCGAGCAGACAGCAAGUUCCAAGAAUUGGAUCGCCGAGGAGCUGAACCUGCCGCCUGCGAGCCUAUGAUCCGGCAUAUUUAUCAGUCUAUGAAGCCUACUGUAUGAAAUUCAAGUAUGUCAGGAAAACAUUUUAAAGGCCAUGAAGUCAGUUGCUGCAUCAAAUAUUUUAUUUUUGGAUUUAACAUAAUAUUUUGGUUGCUGGGUGUGGCCUUCCUUGGAAUCGGACUAUGGGCAUGGAAUGAGAAGGGUGUUCUCUCCAACAUCUCGUCCAUCACAGACCUGGGGGGCUUUGACCCUGUCUGGCUCUUCCUGGUGACGGGAGGGGUCAUGUUUAUCCUGGGCUUCGCCGGCUGCAUCGGAGCGCUGAGGGAAAACACCUUACUGCUCAAGUUUUUCUCUGUAUUCCUGGGGAUCAUCUUCUUCCUGGAGCUGACGGCUGGAGUGUUGGCCUUUGUCUUUAAGGACUGGAUCAAGGACCAGCUCAACUUCUUCAUCAACAAUAACAUCCGGGCGUACCGUGACGACAUCGACCUCCAGAACCUCAUAGACUUCACACAGGAAUAUUGGGAGUGUUGCGGCGCAUUCGGAGCGGACGACUGGAACCUCAACAUUUACUUCAACUGCACGGACACCAACCCCAGUCGGGAGAAAUGUGGUGUCCCCUUCUCCUGCUGCACCAAGGAUCCUGCGGAGGAUGUGAUAAACACGCAGUGUGGCUAUGACGUACGAGCCAAAACGGACGCAGAGCAGAAGACUUACAUCCAUGUGAAAGGCUGUGUGCCACAGUUUGAGAAGUGGCUACAGGACAACCUGACAGUGGUGGCUGGGAUCUUCAUAGGAGUUGCACUGUUACAGAUAUUUGGAAUAUGUUUGGCACAAAACUUAGUGAGUGACAUUGAAGCUGUGAGAGCAAGCUGUUUGUUUACCUGAUGUCACGGUUCACCUGUCUUCACCCAGGAAUGCACAGGUCUCUUCAGCAUGGCUACGCCAUUCUCAGCGCAUCAGAAUAUGCUCAAAGCCUGCUGCCACUGGGAAAGAUUCCUGAGAGCACCUGCACCAUGGUGACCUGCACAUUCUGAUCCUUUUUAAAGAUGGGUUUAGGGUUGCAAAUUUCCAGUAACUUUCCAAAAAGUCCCAGGUUUUCCAGGAAUCCCAGUUGGCAGUUUUCUGGAAAACCUGGGAAUCUUGGGAAAGUGACCCUCUUUUGCAUCUCCAUUGUUCCAUGGGAUUCCAUCCAUGUGACAAACACUUUGUGUAGAAAUGUACAGAAAAUAAUGACCAAAAACAACUUGGGGGCAAGUUGUUUGUAAAUGCACUGCAUGCCUGUCCACAUAGGAUGGCCACAUUUAAAAUACCCAAAUGCGAGACUACAGGAUGAUAUUGCGGGACAGUGUAGCCUACAUGAAUAAAAACAUUUGGCAGCCCCCCCCCCCCCCCCCCCCA